CAGCGCAUUGAUUAUCGAAACAAAUCGCUGUAUUUCUUUUACACGCUUUCUGACUAUACCAAAAUUUUUUGGAGAGUAAAGCAUUUCUAUCAUUUCCAGCGGUCAUUGUUUUGAAAAGGGACAUUUCCUUUACUCAACUAGCGUAUAAUAAGCGCUCUUUUGCUGUAUGGGGAUCACUGACUUUUCGCGCAUGCGUAAAUUUUGUGAUGUCAGCAGAUUUGAUAAUUUUAUGAUAAUUUAUCUUGAUGGCGUCAAGACUUGGUAGCCGUGGUGGGACUCUAAGGGGCUGUUCAUAUGGGAAAUAUUUCCUCGGGAACCGGGUAAAUGUUUCAGCAUGAUAUCAAGUCGAGAUCCCGGGUUGUUAACAAACUCUUAACAAAAUUUAGUUGCGUUUAUACGAGAAAAAACACUUCUUACCAAGAUCUCGGGUGCGCAUGAUCGAGAUCUUGGUAAGCGGGUAAUGCAUUUUCCUAUGUGAACAGAAGUUUCCUCGGUAGGCGAGAUAAAUUUAUGUCGAUUCGACAUAAUUUUUAAAAAUAAACAGUAGAUUCUUAUCACAAUAAGCAAUAGAAACUUAUCACAUGGUAUUUUCUCACCCGAGGAAAGUUUUUCUCGGUCGUACCGUAUGAACAGAAAGUAAAAAUUUUAUCAUGCUGAAAUAUUUCCCUGCUAACCAAGGAAAUAUUUCCUGUAUAAACAGCCCCUAAAGCUAGCAUUUUGGCUGGUGUUUAGUGUAACUGUACUUUAAGUGAUCCUAUUAAGUAGCUGCUCCCUUAAUGAUAUUUGCUAAUCUCACUGUUUGAAAAAAAAUUGAGCGUAUGUUAUCAGGGCCAAGUUUUGGGAUCCGCUGAUUUGUAGUAAAUAUAUGAUUCUUUGCUUCUUUCAGGACUCAAGUCUCUAAUUUAUUUUGGCAAUAGGAUAUAAUUUUGCUGCAAGAUAUUUUUCUUAGGUUACUUCAUGGUCUAUGGUGGUAGAGUAAAGUAUUUGUUUUCUUUCUUUUAGAUCAAAGAACUUCCAGAAACGUACAAGUAAAAAAUGCGUAUAUCUAAACCUAUAUAUCUUUUUCAAACCUUUUUCCUUUAGGACUAUUUUAAGAACGAGAUAGUUGAAAUGUCGCAAAAAUUAAUACCACACAUUUCUUUCCAUAAAAAUAACAUCUACCUACAAAUAUAGCAUUUUUUCAAUGUUAUAAUAACACGAACAGAAUUUCACUUAUUUACAGUAUUUUCACGCCUCGUUUCAUCCAACUGCUUUUUCGCAAACCUAUUUGCAAGUAAACCUCUUAUAAUGCCGAAAAUGAAAAGGAGUAAAGCCGAAUAUGAUCACAUCUGUAUUAAUAUUCACACUUUGCAUUGUAACAACUUUAUCAUCAACAUGGCGAACAGUUCCUGCCAAUGAAGCGCUGAAACGGGAUCAAACCUCAGAUGUGCAUAGUGCUCCACAGAAACAAAAGGUUGGGAUAAUACGGGAUCCAUAUGAUUGCUUGUACGCACAUAAAGUUAUUCGGGAUAUCCAUGGAGAGGCUAAUUUUGUUUGGAACGAAGAGCUAGCAUACGACGCAGAAGAUUGGGCGAUUAACUUAGCAGCUAAUGUUGGCACUAUCCAGCAUUCUUCUUUCACUUUUGCAAAUGGUAGCCGUUAUGGUGAGAACUUGUAUCUACUGAGUGGUGGAGAUCCAGCUGGAUGUCAUCAGUCUGUAUCUGCUUGGUAUAAGGAAAUACAUGGAUACGACUUUGAGCAUCCGAACGACACAUAUUCACACGGACACUUCACGCAACUGGUGUGGAACGAAACUAUUCAAGUUGGAGUUGGAAUUGUUUAUAAGAAAGAAACAAGUCAGACCUUUAUUGUGGCUAGAUACACGCCUCCUGGAAAUGCAGAGUUUGAUGAAUAUGUUAACGAGGUUUUCGCUCCAAGACCAGGAACGCACAUUCCAACAACCAAAGAACUUUUACCAGAGCAACCACAAACUCCUUCUGUUGUAAAUGUUGGCGUUGAACCAGAGCCUUCAUCUGAUGGUGAGAAGCCAUGCGUGGACACAGUUGAUUGCGGUUAUUACGUACGGCAGGGAGAUUGUGAUAACCCGAUCUAUAAAGCCUACAUGGACGAGGCUUGCUAUAAAAGUUGUGGCAGAUGUACACCAGGUAACCCGAUAGAUGGAGGCUGGACUAAUUGGCAUCAAGUUACUACAUGUAGUGCCACCUGCGGUGGAGGAUUUAUAUUAUCGUACAGGUUUUGCACGAAACCAUUUCCUCAAUAUGGCGGAAAAUACUGUGAAGGUGAUAGCACUAAACAGAGUGACUGCAACACUCAGGAAUGCCCGUUAUCGCAACAGUCUGGACUUUGUGUUGAUUCGAAUAUUUCUUGUGUUCAGUAUAAGACACUGGGAUAUUGUUUUGCAGGAAAGUAUUCACAUUGGAUGUCGCUCAAUUGCAGACAGUCGUGUGAUAUGUGUUAACCCACCAGACUUGGAGUCUUCUUGUGUCCUAAACACUGUUCUACUUUAAACUAAGGUCUAGCAUAUAAAUUGAAAACUAGAUAAAAUAUUAUGAUUAUUUUUUUAUAUUCUCUCCGCAAUGUUUUGAUUAAACCAGUGAUAUAACAAAGAGUAAGAGACACAAUGCGAUAAUUUUUUGUUCAACACAUUAUAUCUCUAUGAUGAAACGCCCUUUUUGUACAUUUCUUAUAAAACUUAAAAUUUGUAAUAAAAAAUUCAUCUUUAAAGACUUUAAAGACAAUUUUUUUCCUUUAUCUACGGGAAGUGGCACUUAAGGGCCAAGAUAUGGUGAAAACAACAGCAAAAAUCUGAUCACAAGACAGAAUCACAUUUUUUUUAAAAGUACACAGGGUAAUCGUACGCGACGUUGUCCAUGAUAUUGGCUAGCACUGAAAGUUGUGAAAGCGACACAACUGAAAUUUUCGGUUGGGAGCUAAGAAAUCAUGACUUAAAACAUGAGUAGUACAAGAAAAAGAAGAAAAAGUUUUGAGCAAUUU